GGUCCCGUGUGGGUGGCUGUGGCCGUGGGAGACGGUCACGCGUGGUGCUCCCAACUCUGCCGACGGCGAGCCGGGGUCCGUCUCAGCCGGCACGGGCAGGGCUCCACUGUGCCUAGCGGGCGGCAUCCGACGGACCCGGAGAGUCCCCGGCAUCCCGGAGGGGUUCAGCCGCGAGGGCAGCACAUAUUCCCCGGGGCUGCCGCCCCCUCCCGGGGUUACACAACGGCGGGACCGAGGCGGUAAGCGGCUUGCCCCGGGGCCGGCCGAGGGUUAAAGACAUGUGACGGCCGAAGGAAGAGGAGGCGGCGGCGGGGCUGGAAGCGGGGAUUAAUCGGGAAGUAAGGGGUCAACACAUCGGCGACCUCCUGGCCAGGGGCCAGCCCUACCCGCGCCCCACCGAGCGUCAAGGGCGGACGGGCCGGCGGCACAGCGGGGCUCGGCGGCGAGUCCCUGCGGUUAGCGGCUCCGCGGCCGGUAGAACAAGGAGGGCAUUGUGCUGCACUCACUGUGCGGACGCAGGCCCUGACGGAGGGCAGACACGCUGGCCCAUGGUCCCUCCAAUGCCCUGUGCUCCUGCUCCAGCCCCGCUCGGUACGGACAGGAACUUCAUCCUGGCCAUCCCAUCCGCCCGGAAGCAGGAUAUAGACAACUCUGGUGCCACCAUCCUGCACCUGGCAGCCCGCUUUGGUCACCAUGAGGUGAUCGACUGGCUCCUCCGCUUUGGAGGCAGCGACCCCACGGCGGCCACCAACACGGGAGCACUGCCCGUCCACUACGCUGCGGUCAAAGGGGAUUUCCCUUCCCUGCGACUCCUCUUGGGACACUGCCCCAGUACCCUGAGUGCCCAGACCAAGACGGGGGCCACCCCGCUGUACCUCGCCUGCCAGGAGGGCCACCUGGAGAUCAUCCAGUACCUGGUUCAGGACUGUGGGGCUGACCCCCACGCGCGCGCUUAUGACGGCAUGACCCCACUGCACGCCGCCGCCCAGAUGGGCCACAACACUGUCAUCGUAUGGCUGAUGAGCUUCACGACGGUGAGCCUGUCGGAGCGGGACGCCGAGGGGGCCACAGCCAUGCACUUCGCUGCCAGCCGCGGCCAUGCCAAGGUGCUGAGCUGGCUGCUGCUGCACGGCGGGGAGAUCACUGCUGACAGCUGGGGCGGCACACCGCUGCAUGAUGCCGCCGAGAAUGGCGAGCUGGAGUGCUGCCAGAUCCUGGUGGUGAACGGUGCCGACCUCAGCAUCUGUGACCAGGAUGGCUACACAGCAGCCGACCUCGCUGACUACAAUGGCCACAGCCACUGCGCGCAGUACCUGCGCACCGUGGAGAACAUGAGCGUGGAGCACCGCGUGCUGUCACGAGACCCCUCGGUGGAUGGGGAAUGCCGACAGCCCGACUCGGGCAUGUCAUCGCCCAACACCACGGCGUCGGUGCCCCAGGCGCGCUUCGAGCUGGCAUCGCGUGACAGCAGUCCCGAGGGCCUGCGCCGGGCCGACUCCAGCAGGCGGUCAAGGAAUUUCGGCAAGCAGCCGAGCACCGGUGACUACUACAAGCACCUGGGGCACGUUGUGGCCGAGCAGCCAGGCCCCCAGCGAAUGGCGCACACCGAGGAGGCAUCACCCAUCUCGGCGGACACCAUGAGCAAUGGGGAGAGCAAGCCUGGUGCCGAGCUGCCGCCCCCACCCCCGCCCCCCCCACUGCCCGACACCUCCUGCCCGACGCCCCCACCGCCGCCCCCGCUCGCCGAGACUCCCGCCGGGCCCCGCCGCUCCUCCUCCUCUACGGGAAGUGUCGGCGCGGGGGCCCCCACGCCCGCUCGCCCCUGCCUGCUCUCACUGCUGGCCGCUUCUCUUCUCUCUUGUCUCGCGGUGGCCAAAUCCUUCCUCUGCCGCGCGCCCUGCGCCGCCUCUCUGCUUCUCUCCCUAGGAGGAAAGGCGCUCAGGCAGAUGAAGAGCACCAAGUCCUUCAACAUGAUGUCCCCCACCGGCGACAACUCGGAGCUGCUGGCCGAGAUCAAAGCUGGGAAGAGCCUCAAGCCGACGCCACAGAGCAAAGGCUUCACCACCGUCUUCUCCGGCAGCGGCCAGGCAGGGGCCAACGCAGAGUCGCCACUGUCGUCCCCGUCACCCACCAGGACGCCCACCCCGCCGGCCACCCCCGAGGCUGCUGGGCCACCACGCUGCCUGGCAGGGGGCUCACCAGAGCCAGUGCUGAACGGAAGCUCACCGGUGCCAGCAGUAGGCGCUGGGGCAGCGGUGGAGGUGGAGGCGCUGGUGCCGAGCCAGGACGAGCAGGGCCGACCCAUCCCCGAGUGGAAGCGGCAGGUGAUGGUGCGCAAGCUGCAGCUCCGCAUGCAGGAGGAAGAGGAGCAGCGGCGCAAGCCUGGGAGCCGCUCGCCGCCCCUGUGCCGGCGCGGGCCACCUGCCCGCGGGGGCAUGCCGGGACCCGCCGGGCAGCCGAUGCGGGAGGAGGACAUGCAGCACCUGGAGAGGCAGCUGGGGAGCCUGCGGGUGAUGCACGAGGCGCAGCCGGGGCAGCCGCUUCCAGGGGCGCCGGACGAGGAGCUGCCACCACUCGUGCCGCUCUCCGCGCCCCCGGCACCCCGGCGCUUCGCCCUCGCCCAGGAGGACGUGCCUGCCCGCGGCAGCCAGUCCCCCACACUGCCGAGGAGCCCGGCCACACCACCAGCCACGCUGAGGGACCGGGAGGGCCCUGGGGCGGGGGGAGCGGUGGGCAGCCCCGGUGCCCAGCACGACGCCCGGCGCGAGAUCCUGGGUUGCGGUGUCUCCGUCCGCAGCCUCAAGGCCAACUACGAGGGGCCAGGGGGGCCCCCUGCACCUCCCCCCAGGGUCACCAAGCGCAAGCGGGUGCAACCCCCUGGUAGCACCCGCCGACCCAUCCUGGAGGAGGAAUACGGGGAUGGGGCACUGCGGCGGAGCAGGCCAGAGCUGCCAGAGCCAAGCAGCCCACAUGAAGGCACCAAGGGGUGCAAGGAGCGCGCCGUUUUCCUCUUCCUGGAGCACUGGAAGAAGCGAGCACUCGCGGCGGUGCCUGGGGAGGAGCGGCCGCGGCGGCCGGGGAGGCGGCGGCCGGCAGCGGGGCGCCUGCUGGCCCGCUGGAGGAGUGUUGCCCGCCGGGUCCCAGGGCGUCAGAUCCGGCGGCUGAGCCGCACCACAGUGCUGUACUGGCCCCAACACUUCCUGCCCCACGUCGGCGGCUCGCCCAUGCCCCACGACAGCCUCCCGCUCGACCUCUUCAUGCUGGGCUACUUCCAGCUGCUGGAGAUGCCCCUCAGCCCCGAGGAGCGGCGCUUCCGCCACCUCCUCUGCUACGAGAUGUUUGACCGCCUGGGCAGCCACAGCUGGCACCGCGUCCGCUGUUUCCACCGCACCGUGCUGGAGCAGGUCGAGGCUGGCCACCGCCACUGGCUUGACGGCUUUGAGGACCUCGUGCAGGAGUUUUUUGGGGAUGACCCUGUGGCAGUGGCAGAGAGCCUACCAGAGCCCCCCACCAUGGCCCCAGAAGGGCAGGGGGCAGCAGUGCCAGUGCCGGAGCUGGGGGAGUUCAGCGAGGAGGACGUCUGCCGCUUCAUUGACCGCAGCUUCUCCUUCUGGAAGGAGAAGGAGGCAGAGAUGUUCGACACCUGAUCCCGGCGGGAUGCUGCAGGCUGUGCCAGUGGUGUGGCAUGGGGCGAUAGCAAGCUCAGGGGACAGCUAUGGCCUGGUGCCCGGCUGCGCUGGCCUGCCUCUGUGGCUCGUGGUGCAGCUCAGCUUGGCAGAGGGCUGGGUGUUGUUCUGCGCGGCCCCCGGCCGAGGUUGCAGUGUGUGCCGCUUGCCGUGGCUGUGUGUUGUGUGGGAGGUGCAGCGGCGGGGCUGCGCUCUCCUCUGGUGUGGCGUUUGCGGUGCCGGGGCAGCGUGGGCCCCCGCGUGUCAUGCAAUAAAGCUGUGGUGUGCUUGCAA